AUAGUGUUGAUAGGAAUCACUUCCUUUGUCGAAGUUCAUCCGCCACAAAAAAUUUGCACAGCGUUCAGUCUUUUUGGAAAGAAAGGGAGUACAGGUGGGCUGGCGAUCCAGUACAUCGUAUAUUAGAUGAUAGACAGCAAAUGCAUUAGAAUCACUAAAGAAUAUUUAUAGCGAAUUGUUUAAAACAAUUUAAGCGCUCCCUCAAAGCGUUUGUGCUUUAGGAGGGUGGCUCUGGGCAGGUGUGGCGGGGCUGAGGGGCUGCUGCUUCGGUCCAGGUGGGAGGUGGUCGGAGAUGCAGGAGAGAGGGCGGUCACCUGGAUAAGGAGGAUGGGAGGAUGGGGAAGCCCCUUCCCAGGGACUGGCAGCACGGGGACAGCAGGGCGUGCCCCCAAGCUCGCUUUUAGGGGUGACCCCCCUUCCGGUCUGCCCUGGCCGGAUGAUCUUCCCCUCUGUAUGCCUCAUCUGGGAAAUGAGGGUAGCUCCCUUCCACACAGGGGCAGCGGGAGCGGGGUGCGGGGAAGCCCUGGUUGCCAGGUUGGGGGACUGUUUGGACAAGGAAAACCCAUGAGGUGUAGCAGGACUGUCACGGGGCUGCCGGGACCCCAGCGCUGCCUCCUCCUUGGCGGCCCCUCCCUGGCCAGGCCCUCCUGGAGAAGGGGUGGGGUGUCCCAGCUCUUCAGGCAGCUGCAGUUAAUUGUUCUGUUCAGACCCCUCCCUGGCGAUGCCAAAUCCUUGGGGCCAGCAGAUUCUGCCCCCAAACCUGUCCAACCAGUUGUUUGGGAGAAGGGGGCACCUGGGAGGGGCGGCAGGAGGUGCCAGAAGCAGUCUCCCCAAGCCCAGCACAGACAGUGGAGCCUCUGGGGCUGUGGAUGCUGCAGACAGACCCUCAGACAGACAGACAAUUGGACAUUUUGCCUGGCCAUGGGGCUCAGUAGGGGACAGUCUCUGCUGCUGAUGCCACCGUUGCUGCUGCUGACCUGCCUCCAGCUGGGCACGGGCCUGGAGCGCAUCAACUAUGUGCCCCAGCUCUCGAGCGCCACCCUGGCAGGGAGACUCACCCAGUCCACCCUCACACUGGACCAGCCAAGGGGCCAGUUCAGUCACCUCAACAUCUCUGACUUUGAUGCCAUCUGGCUGGUGGUGGCCCACAGCAACGCCACCCAGAACUUCACUGCCCCACAGAGGAUGGAGGACACCCCAGUCCCCGCCGACCUCCCCCAGAGGGGCUACUAUCUCACACUGAGGGCCAACCGGGCACUCUACCCAGGCGGCCCACCCAGCCACCAGCUCCAGGUCCUCCGUGUUGGCAACGAUACCCGCUGCUCCCCGAGGACAAGGUGCUGCAACCACCCGCUGCCCGGCCCGGGCCCCUACCGAGUGAAGUUCCUGGUGAUGAGUGACCGGGGGCCCGUGGCUGAGACAGAGUGGUCCAGUGAGACCCGCCUGCAGCAAGCCGAGGCACUCCUGGUGGCUCCUGGGUCCCAGAGUGCGGGCGCCGUGGUCAUCAUUGCCAUCCUGUCGGUCCUGCUGGCCGUCCUCCUCACCGCCCUCCUCGCCCUGCUCAUUUACACUUGGAUGCUGGUGCCUCCACGGACCCCUCCUAACCAGAGCCGGGAGGGCAGGGGGUCUGUGUGGUGUGGUCCAUGUGCCAGCCUCCUGGGCCCAGAGCAGGACUGAGAAAGGCCGAGAAUGGACUUGGUGCUAUGAUCUGUCUUUCACUCACGGCACUUCAGACACCACAGGUGUGGGCUCUUUUCCUACCAACCAAUCCUCCAGCGCUCUGGCCACCAGCUGCGUCUCCACCAUUGAUUUCAGUUCUGACCUAACUCCCUGGAGUCGGUGCACAGCCUGUGGGUAAAGGACUCAGCCCGCAAGACCGCCCCCGCCUCAUGCCAGCAGCCAGCCCGGGGCACCCACACCUCUGUUCAACGUGCUUACGAAUGGGGGUUCCCGUCCCCUCCUCCCCAGAUGCUACGCUUUGCGAGAGCAGCUCCCAGAGCUCGGCAAGCACUUCGCUUACUGUUACUGGAUUCAGAUACGGGCCGCAGCUCGGGAAGAGCAGAGGAGAGGCACAGGGCGAGGGCUGGGGAGGGGGUGCCGAGUUUCACGCCCUCUCUGGGUGCGCCACCCGCCCAGCCGCUCUGUGGGAAGUUCUCCCAACCCCGUGGCCUUGCCAGAGGUUCUGUCCCAGAGGCAGGACUGAUGGAAUCCCAGGCCAUUGAUGACGGAACUCAAUCUCCAGCCCCAGGGCCCUCCCUGGAGAUUGCUCGUGGGGUGGGGGGUCACACUGGAAGUUCCAGCCUUUUAGUCAAAUGGUUGGUUCUAGCCAAAAGCUAUUGAGGGGGGCAUCAGGAGUGACCUCGUGAUCAUAAACACCUAUGGUGGAAAUGGGCGCCUUAUGGAAAACAAAAGAUGAUCCUCUCACCCCGGGACUCAGAAAACCCCAAGGGUUUUAAGGGCUCUGUGCCAGGAGCUGGGACGAAGACUAAACAUGUCUCUUUCUCUUUCUUUCUCUCUUUCUUUCCCUUUUUCAGCCACACCCAUGGCACAUGGAAGUUCCUGGGCCACAGAUUGAAUCCAAUCCUAUGCCCCAGCUACGACAAAGCUGAUCCUUAACCCACUGUGCCACAGUGGGAACUCCUGUAUUUCUAAUUAUAUCACAUCACGGAGGGGGCACAGGCCGCCCUCGUGCCAAUCCUGUGAAAUUAGACCCUCCCUCACCCUUGUGGUCCCGAGACCAGAGACAGGGGGCCACAAAUUCCUGUCCCAGACAGAAGGCUGCACAAGGUCGGGCGGGGUAGGGGUGGGCAGGCGGCUCUGGGAGCUGAUCCCCAAGCCGUGGAGGACGGGGAUCCCGGCUGCCUCUGUCCAGGUAUCCCAGAGGCCCCUCAGGCCACCCUGCCACCCCACAGCCAAACGGAGCGUCGCCCCCAGCCCCAAGCCCCCUUCCUGGUUCCCUGGUGCUCCAGCCCCCAAGCCGAGUUCUGGAAAAGAUCCCAUUCAACCUCUGUCCCCAACAACAGGCCCCUGCAAGGGACAUGCACCACUUUGUGCGACAGGUACAUACAGCCUGGCCACAAAGUUUAAGCCAGCUUCUUGGGACCUGCCCACGGUGUGGGUGGAAUGUCCCCAUCCCCCUGCCCCCAGGCUCCCAGAGGAGCCUCAGCCGUGCCUGCGCCUGAUUCCCUGUGCUCUUCUGAGGCCUGGGAGUCCAGGACCGGCUGGAGGGGAAGGCCCGAGCCAGGGCGGCUGGCCCCAUAAAGCUGCUGACCGUGAUCCCUAUGGAGCAGAGGGGGCUCCAGAGAAGUGUCACGGGACCUGCUCUCAGGGAGAGCCAUGCGGGAUGCUGCCAGGGCCCUGGGAGGGUCUGUGUCCCAGCCACAGGCCAGCACCCUGCCCGACCCUGCUCAGCCUUCUCAUGCACAAACAGGACGGAGGAGAUGGGCAGUGGCUCGGUCCCUCCCUGUUCCCUCACUCAUCCACUCCCACACUCGGGCAGUCACUGACUGCGGUCCUGGCCCUGGGGGCCAGCCCUGCAUCAGCAGGAGCCAGGCUUGCACAGAUGAUGAGGGGGCUGUUACAGAAUGGAGAUGCUGACACCACUGCCGGGGCAGGGGCAGGUGGGGUGACAUUGACCCCUGGGAGUGGGUGCAGGAUGCCGACCUGCUCCGCACUCCGGCUCUUGGGUGCACAAACCUGGGAAAACAGACUCAGGGAUGAUGGCUUUGAGCCAUGAAGUGAUGCCCAACGGGCCCCACGCCAUCAGAUGUCAGCCUGACACGUGGACAAACAGAUCAGGGCAGAGGACCCGUUGUAACCCGCUGCCUCUCUCUGCCCUGUUUCUCUGGCUCCCUCUCCUCUCUCUCUCCCUCCCUCUCUCUGUGUCCCCCUCUUGUGCUUCUCUGCCUCUCACUCAUCUUUUGUCUCUAUUUUUAACUCCGGCAGGCCAUGGGAACUCUCUCACUUCCGGGGGGGGGGGACGCCUUCUGAGCCGGCCCCGAGAUGGGCAUGAGCAUUUCUCAGUAAACACAAAGAAAAUCACAAAAGCUGGCUUCUGCUCCAGGUUCAGGCAUGGCAGGGAAAAGGGCGCACAUGAAGCAGAAAGAAGAGGGAGAAAGAGGAUGUGUGUUGGGAACGGGGACCAGUUCAUAGCCGUCACCCCAACCGGCAGCUUUAGAGGGGGAUCUCCAGGGGCCCUCCUGCUCCAGGCUCCCCCCUCCAUGCCCCGGCUCCCCUCCAGACACCGGCUGUCCCUGCUGCCUGUGGCCCCCUGUCCCCGCAGUGGGUACCUGGACCCCCUCCUUGGCAUGGAGCUGGGGCUCCCCUGGGAACGCUGGCUCACCCAGAAGGGUGCAGACCUAGGCAGGCAGGGGCGCUGCGAGGCCCCGGGAAAGGAAGGCCCAGCUGGUCUGAAGUCUGGGGGGGGGGGCUGCUUCCAGGUCUGACCCCCCGUCAGCCUCCGCUCCCUGGGGCACUUUCCCGCCUGGGGGGCAAAGCUGCAAGGGUGUGACCUGAGGGCGGGGUCUCUCCAGAGCACUGGCCACUGCAUCUGGAGGCCCCCGGCAGGAGGACGGUCCAGGCGGAGGGCGUGGCCUUCUCCCCUCCCAGGACCCACUGGGUGUCCCUGGUGCCCCUGGAGACCGCGGGGGCACUGGGGAUGGGGACUUACAGGGGCGUUGUUGCUUGUUGCGGGGCGGGGAGGGGGGAUUGAGCUGCCCAGAGUCAGGCCCGAGGUCAGGUCCUGGUGACAUCCUGAUGGCUCAGGGCUCACAAAUGCCAUUCCUUUUGUCCUCCUGCUGCUGUUCCCACCUCCCACCCCCUUCACCUGGAGCCCAAAUCCUCCUGGUCUUCAAGCCCAGCUCCAGUGUCACUUUGAGCAACUUUGUGGCCACCUGUGACUUCCUUCCACUGCAAGUUUUUUGUUUUGGUUUGUUUUGGGUUUUUUUUUUUUACUGUGUCUGAGACACACAGAAUUUCCUGAUCAAACUCGGGCCACAGCAGUGACCCAAGCCACUGCAGUGACGAAUGCCAGGUCCUUAGCCCUCUGAGCCACCAGGGAACUCCCCCUGCAAGUACUUGUCUGCUCUGAAUCUCAAGGACUCGGAGCAUAUCUCCUGGCCACCCACAAAGCUGGCUCCCCAUCCAUCCCCAGGACCAGGGCUGAAGGGAGUGAGAUAGAUGGGGAGCAGUGGAAACAGAGAUGGGGAGACUCAGACCCCCUGGCCAAUCCCCCACCACCCAGUGAAGGCUGCACACAGAGGCUCCGUGACUCAGAGGAGGGGCUGACCCUUGUCCAGCCCCUACUGGGCACCAGGAACAGGCCUGGAUAGUUCACACCCAUGAGCCCUCAAGUCCUUGGGCAAUCCCGGGAUUAGCCCCAUUUCGCAGAUGAAGCCAUGCAGACGGGGCAAGUACCACCUGGGAA